AUGCCUUCCUUCACCGACCACAACGGGGACUCUGGUCCUGACAUUGAAGAUUUUCAACCGAUUCACGGUACCGGUCUUAGCAUCUCCUCAUUACAGAAGGCUCGUCACGCAAACGGCAAUGCGAAUACCGCAAUUGCGCCCGACUCCAGAAAGCAACAUCCUGCCAUAAGCAAAAAGGCAACCGCACGCCCACCACUCUAUCCCACAGCGCCAUUAAGCAGUCAAUCUAGUGCCAUAACCGAGUCAGGAACACGGGAUGAACAAGAAAUGCAGAACGGCGAAGAAGAUCCGCAGAAUGCCCUUUUCCACCAAGUCUUGGAAUGGCUUCAACGUGAAAAAUCAAAGCGGAAAGGUUCCAAAGUAAAAGCGCAUACACAACCAGACGGUUCAGGUAGUGAUGGGGAUGAUGAGGAUGACGAAGACGCUAUCAAUGGGGAUGGCGCCAAUUCGGAGAGGACAUCUUCCCAUGGGACCGACAAUGUAUUUGCCUUAGACAAGCUGGAGAAGAUCCUCAUCCAAUACGCCGCUUCACGCAGUGACGGCGCUGCGCCUGUUUACCCUGUUCGGCGGUCAACUCGCCGGCGUCAUGUAAAGGGCCUACGGAGGGGUUCAGCCUCCGAAUCUGAUUACCUAGAUGUUGACUCAGCUGCUCCCAGUGUUGACGCGACAUUAGACAACUCCAAGACACUCGCGUACAGCGGGGGUGGUGCAGAAGAUGAUGAGAAUGAAGAAGGUGCAAAUGCCAGGCGGACCCUGGACCGGGAGGCUUGGCUUGUAUUCAAGAGUGAGAUCCUGCGUAUCACUCACACACUACAACUCAAAGGGUGGCGGAAGCUACCGAUGGAACUCGCCGGAGAUGUAGGAGUAGUUCGACUGAGCGGUGCGCUAACCAAUGCUGUGUAUGUGGUCACGCCGCCUCAGAAUAUUCCUGCCCCCAGGGCAGAGGAUGGCUCUUACAGCCUCGUAGCCAGGAAGCCCCCACCGAAGCUGCUCCUGCGCAUUUACGGGCCCCAGGUGGAUCACCUCAUCGACCGAGAAAACGAAUUACAGAUCCUACGUCGUCUGGGGCGCAAGCACAUCGGGCCCCGAGUGCUGGGAACUUUCAAUAACGGCCGCUUCGAGGAGUUCUUCGAGGCCCGUCCUUUGACUCCGAAAGAACUGCGCGAUCCCGGGACAAUGAAGCAAAUCGCAAAGCGCAUGAGAGAGCUGCAUGAGGGGAUUGAAUUACUGGAUAACGAGAGGGAGGGGGGUCCGAUGGUAUUUAAGAACUGGGACAAAUGGGUGGACCGCUGCGAACAAGUCACCAACUGGUUGGAUAAGGAAAUCCAGUCCAAGCACAAUGAUAUUAAAGCGGUUGUAGAACCUUGGCGACGCCGAGGCUUUGUUUGCGGUGUCCCGUGGCCAACAUUCAGGAAAGCCGUCGACAGCUAUCGAAACCACCUUAUAAACGGCUAUGGUGGCAUGCAGGAGAUCGAGCGGCAACUUAUUUUUGCCCAUAAUGAUACUCAAUAUGGUAAUCUUCUUCGAAUGGAACCCAGUUCUGAGUCGCCGCUCCUUCGGCCAGAAAAUGAGCAUAAGCAGCUGGUUGUCAUUGAUUUCGAGUAUGCUUCCGCGAAUCUCCCUGGAUUUGAGUUCGCAAACCAUUUCACCGAAUGGUGUUACAAUUAUCACGACCCCGACAGAUCCUGGGCAUGCAACAACAAAGACUUCCCCACCCUGGAGCAGCAACAUCGCUUUAUCAGUGCUUACUUGACACAUCGACCUGGCUUAGGCGUGCGGUCCUCUCCAUCUAUAACCCCGCUCAUGCAAGCAGGAGAACUUUCUAAUAUCACCUCACUCGCUCCUUUAGACCUUGAUGCGGGACCUGAUGUGGAUCAACAGAGUUUGGUAGAUGUUCAGAAAGCCCAGGAAGACCGGACGGAAGCGGAAAUCCGAUCGCUAAUCAAGCAGGCUCGGCUCUGGCGCGUGUUCAACUCAGCGCAGUGGGUGGCAUGGGGAAUAGUACAAGCGAAGGUACCCGGAAUGGAAGAGGGCAUCGCAGCCGAUGCCGCGGCAAAUGGCCAUCACAACGGCACCAGUGGCACAGAGUCUGAGGGGACCCCUUCAACAACCCCUCCACCGGAUACUGAUGUGGAGGAAACAGACGAGUUUGAUUACCUUGCUUAUGCGCAAGACCGGGCCAUGUUCUUCUGGGCAGAUUUGUUGUCCUUAAACCUCGUUCGAGAGGAGGAAUUGCCCACAGAUUUGGUUCAACACAUCAAACCUCGCAUUAUCGACUACUAA